CAAGCAUCUCCAGCCGUGGCUCCAUUUUCGUCAUUCUUGAUGACUUGUCCGCUUCUCUUCGCGCGACAGCAGCAUCUUCUCACUAUUCAUACUUGGUGACUAUCUGCGUCUCCUUCAAGCAGAAGCAAAAACUAUCUCGGAAGACUGUAGCAACCACACGGGCGACAAGCUCUCGACAAUCCUCGAUCCGCCAUGAGGCUUCUCGCGUCGCUUGCGUCGGCGCUUUUGGUCGCCGCAACGGCCGCAACGGCUCAGGUCAUCACCGUACCAAUCUAUAUCCAGCCCGUCAACUCCUCCUCUGUGCCAUCUUUCCUCGCCGAAGUCAGUUACGACACCGCACAAGACCCAAGCAGCGCGGUAGCACCGGUGGUGUCUGCCUACGAAGCGCCUGAGAUCCUCGACGACUUGCGAGGCCACGAGCUCCUACGUAUCGGCGUGUACGACAAGGCGGAAAAGAAGUGGGUGUCAUCUACGUCGGUCAUAUCGGCAGAAAACUUCGGCAAGGGGUACGCGCCACAUAUCGUGCUAUCAGUGGACGAGAGCAAUCAGGAGGGUAGCUAUGACAACCGGCACGUCUUGGGCGUCGCGUUCAAGGGCAUCAGGAUCGAUGCUGGACAGACAAGGGACUUUGGGCCGCAAGCGGUGGUGGUCCGCACAGCGCAGGGCAAGCAGCCGGAGUUGAACAAGCCGGUCGUGCUGUCGCCAGAGGGCAAACAGGUGGUGCCGCAGGAGAAGACCCUUUUACAAAAGUACUGGUGGGUUAUUGCCAUUGUUAUGGUCCUCUCCCUGGGAGGCGGAGGCGAUGGGAAGUAAUAGACUGGCCACAUUGUUUUCCUUCCCUGGUCAAGCAUCAUACAGAGCUUUGCUAUGCAUUUCAUCUCUUGGGUGAGGAUGUCCGUUUCGCGCGUUUUGGUUGUAUUGAUUGCCAUUUUCUCGCAGUGCUCCCCGCUGUCCUGUCUUGUUUGAAACCCUUACCUUACCUAGGUACCUAGGUACUCUUCUCAUAACCCGUUUGUACUGUAGAGGUACCUAGUACAGGGAGACUUCCGAUCUAGUCGCGUUCCUCAU